AUGGCCCCAGGCAUUGCCGCAAACGACGCCAAUGUCGAAAAUGGCCACCACCUGACGAGCCACAGCAAUGGGACCAGCAUCUGGCAGCCUGUGUCUCUUCCCCAGGACGACGACAACAGCAGCAACCGUCUCCCGCGUGCCCCAAUCCAUUUGUAUUCCACGAGUUUGGACGAAGUUCACGAUCUUGUCUGCGUGGGGUUCGGACCCGCGUCACUUGCGAUUGCUGUUGCGCUCAACGACCUACUCGAUGCGCAGGGUCAUGGACGAGAUGUCCAUGUCAGCCCCAAGGUGCGAUUCCUCGAACGACAGAAUACGUUCAAAUGGCAUGCGGGCAUGCUGCUACCAGGGGCAAGGAUGCAGAUUUCUUUCAUUAAAGAUCUUGCCACGCUUCGGGAUCCCUGCAGCUAUUUCACCUUUCUCAACUAUCUGAAACAGCAUAACCGUUUGGUCCAGUUUUCUAACCUGGGGACAUUUCUGCCUUCCCGUCUGGAAUUUGACGACUAUCUCCAAUGGGCUGCGUCACACUUCGAUGAUGUCGUCGAAUACGGACAAGAUGUCGAAUCCAUCCAUCCGCGAAGACUUGCCGGCACAGACAAAUACGACUGUUUCGAAGUGGUCGCUCGUAACCUCUCAACCGGACGCCCUAGCACAUUCUUCGCUCGAAACGUGGUUAUUGCUGCCGGUGGUCGGGCAUCGAGACCCCCCCAAUUUCCGACGUAUCACGACAAGAUUCUACACUCAUCGGAAUACAACACGAGGAUCGAGCAGGUGUUGCCGGAUAAGGAACGACCAUAUCGCAUAGCAGUGAUGGGCGGUGGUCAGAGCGGCGCCGAAGUCUUCAAUGAUCUAAAGGCUCGGUACCCCAAUGCAAGCACCAGGUUGAUCUUCCGCGAUACCGCCCUGCGCCCCAGCGACGACUCACCGUUCGUGAACGAAGUCUUCAACCCGGAGGCGGUAGACAAUUUUUUCGACCAGCCGGACGACUUCCGCAGCGCGACCCUGAAGAAGAACAAGGCCACGAAUUAUAGCGUUGUCAGACUGGAGCUGAUCGAGAAAUUAUAUGAUGACCUUUAUCUGCAAGGCAUCAAACAGCCGGACCGGACAAAGUGGCAACAUCAGAUACUGUCUUCGAGAGACAUCGUCGAAGUCGUUGAUGACAAGGCGACUGGGGGCUUGAUACUCACCUUGACCAACUUGGAGCCCCUCAGCAAUCGAUCAACCGAAAAGGUGCCGGUCGACGCCGUCAUCCUGGCAACCGGCUAUCGCCGUGACGCUCACAUCGACAUGCUGCGAGACUGCCAGAGCAUUAACGCAAAUCGGAACGGUCACUGGCAGCCAGGGCGGGACUAUGGGUUGAAGUUGGACCCGCAUAGCGUGGAUGAGGGGAUGGGAAUAUGGUUACAGGGCUGUAACGAAGGCACUCAUGGGCUUUCUGAUUCACUGUUAUCUAUCGUGUCGACCAGGGGCGGGGAAUUGGUGGAUUCCAUCUUUAGCAAAGAGUUGAAUCUCAAUGGACAUUAG